AUGUCAGGUCGGAAGAGGACAAAAAGGAAAAACAGUGAAGAGGAUUUUGAUGUUGACGAAGGAGAUGACGGGCUGGAUAUCGACGAAAUUAAUAGAUGGGCCUGUCAAUCAUGCACAUUUGUGAAUCGAGCCGCCGCGUUUCGCUGUGCUGUUUGUGGAACGAGAAAAGGAACUUCUACACGACGGUCACGCGCCGAUGAUAAUGUCGUUGAAAUGCAAAAGUCGAUCACCGAUAUGGUACAAAAACAAGUGGAAAAGGAAAAAUCAUUAAAGCGAAAAGAGCGAUCAAUGUUGAAAUCUUCUGUACCACGCGAGACAAGCGAAGUAUCGACAUCCGCUGAAAUAAAAACGGAAGAACUGGAUCUGAAUUCAGAGAUUUUAAAAAUCCCCAUACCCGAGCCAUCGGAAAUUUAUAAAACAUUUCUGGAAUCUGUGCCUCGUUCAGAGUCCUUAGCUAAUGUAAAAAUGGAAAUUCAAGAUACUCCGUCAGGCCCGGAAGAAACUAAAAAGAAAAAAGAAAUUGCUAAAGAGACGUCUUCAAGAGACUCAACUCCAAGCGUCAAUGGAGCAACAAAUGUAAAUGAAAUGGCUUUUGUAAAGCCUACGGUUACAACACCGACAAAAACAAAUAUCCAAGUAUCAACUCCUCAGCCCCAAAAAAUUGAAAUUCAAGAAAACCCAGUCCAAUUGCCGCCACAACUGCAACCACAUCAACUUCCCCUCCAACUUCCAGUUUCUGCACCUAUUCCCAAUUUCCAUAUCGGCGCUGAAAUGAAAAUUCCACAACCUCCAGCUCCCCAUCCCAGCUGGAAUACUAUACCUGCAAUUGUUCCACCACCUCAAACAAUGGCUUCAGUGGAAGCAGGGCUACUUCAGGAAUUUCCAGAAAGAAUAUUGAAAAAUCUGAAUCAAUCAGCAGUUUUUGAUCAGAGUAUUGGGAAUUCUCAAAAGAGUGGAACUAAUUCUGAGCCAGCAGCUGUUGUUAUUCCGAACGGCUGGGAUCGAGAGAAAAUAAUUAAGGAGUUGGCUUCUUCACUGGGACCAAAUCAUACAAUGAGUCCCACAACUUCAAGGCAGUCAUCAGAAACUGAUUCUUCUUCAUCGGAUGGGAAUAGAAGCUUUGAAACACCACUUAUUGAUGUUUCUCCAUCCGUUUCGAAGUGCUGCCAAAUUCCAGAUUAUAUGAUUCAUCGAGACACCCCUCAAAAAAUUGUCAUCGUUGCAAACGGAUUUCCCGCCUACUUUGAAGAAUUUCCUCGACGGAUACACUAA